UAUUUCGAACUCCAACACGACGUGUCAAUUUAUGAAAUACUUUAGGUAUAUGGUGGGUCUAUCCUUGGGACAGUAUAAUGGACAUUGUUUUGUACAAGUGUCCGUGUUAGCGCUUCCGUACCACUAGAGUCCUAUAAAGGCAGCAACUGUCACCCCCUUCUUGAACGUUGAUCAGUAGGUCUGUAGAGCUUAACGUGCAAGUCCCUGACUGAUUAGCAAGCUUUCUAACACGAUGGCAAGUGUUGAAACAUCGUCCAGCAGGCCCUACCAUAUCAUUAUUUUCGGAGCUUCUGGUUUUACUGGUCAGUAUGUGGUCGAGGAGGUGGCACGAACGGUCUCGGAGGGUCCGAGUGGGACCCUGAGAUGGGCUGUCGCCGGCAGAAGCAAGGCGAAACUGGAGAAAGUUCUGGAGCAGGCGGCCGGCGCACUGAGUAAACCAGAGCUGAGGACAGUAGACAUCAUUGUGUCAGAUGUAAAAGAACCAGACUCAUUGGCAGCAAUGUGCAAACAGGCUGUGAUUGUCCUCAACUGUGUGGGGCCUUACAGGUUCUAUGGUGAACCGGUAGUCAAGGCCUGUGUAGAGAAUGGAGCCCAUUGCCUUGACAUCUCUGGGGAGCCUCAGUUUCUUGAGGGCAUGCAACUGAACUACCACAGCGAGGCAGCUAAGAAGGGAGUGUACAUCGUAGGAAGCUGUGGCUUUGACUCCAUCCCUGCUGACAUGGGAGUCCUCUAUACCAGGGACCAGUUCAGGGGUACACUGACGGCAGUUGAAAGCUUCCUCACGGCCAGUGCAGGACCAGAGGGCGCCAGCAUCCACGACGGUACAUGGCAGUCGGCCAUUUACGGUGUCGCUGACGGCGCCAGUCUCCGCAGCCUCAGGAGGAAGUUCAAAUACCAGCCACUUCCUGUAGUUGGGGCUAAGAUUAAACGACGGAGCGCCCUGUUCUACAGCAAUGAAGUGCAGCAGUAUGCGGUGCCCUUCAUGGGCACAGACCCGUCUGUAGUGAAGAGAACACAGCGCUUUCUGGCCGAGGAGCAGCAAGAGUCGCCCGUCCAGUAUGGUGCAUAUGCAGGAGUAGGAGGAGUGGGUAACAUCAUCAAGAUGCUGGUUGCUGGCAUGAUGUUCAUGUUACUGAUCAAGUUCAACUUUGGACGCAACCUACUCAUCAAGUACCCAGAAUUCUUCUCCUUUGGUUUCUUCACAAAGGCCGGACCAACCAAAAGUCAGAUGAAGGACUCAUCCUUCCAGUUUGCCUUCUACGGAGAAGGUUACACCGAGGGAAAAGACCCUUCCCAGGGAAAACCUGAUGGCAAGAUUCGUACUCUGGUCCAGGGGCCCGAGGCUGGGUAUGUAGCUACCCCCAUCGCCAUGGUACAGGCAGCGCUCACCAUCCUCAAUGAACCCAAUGCUCUGCCCAGGACGGGAGGAGUCUACACUCCCGGAGCAGCUUUCGGCAAGACUACGCUGAUCGACCGCCUCCACAAACAUGGCAUCCAGUUCUCCGUGAAAUAGACGUUGACUCCUAAACGAUAAUAGUGUAGACCCAAAUGAGUACAAGAACGAGAAGAUGGAUUUAGCUUGAGUCCGGGCUCCGGAGACGUCCGUUUCCUCCCCUUCUGAUAUCAUUUGAUUACCGUAGAUUACCGAGUCUCAUUUGGUUGAACAUGCCAUUGACCUUCUGCCAAAUGGACCGCAUGCCCAUUGCAUCAUAUGUUUACCGGAGAAAAACUGGCAUGAAAUAGGUCUAAAAAACGAAUGUAAAAAAUAUUUGGAACUCAACUAAUUCCUCUCAUCAUAUCGCCACACUGUUCUAUAUAAUUAAGUAAAUUGUGUGUGUUUGUGUGUGAGACUUUGCCUCUAAACCAUACCAAAAUAAAUCCCUUAGGUGACCCUUGUGUCAGCUUGCAUAAAUGUUUACAAAGAAAUAACAUGCAGGAUUGAAUUUUUUUAUUUUGUGUUCUGGAAGUGGAACACCCUUCUGACUAUAACACUAUAAAAGUGUACACUGGAGGGCAGUGCUGAGGCUUAAUCAUCGGGUGCAUAUGUGUUUGCCCUCUGUUUAUUAUAUAUGGUUCAAUUGGAAAGGCAGAUAGAGGGAUAUGGAAAUGUGCCCCUCUCAUCAGUGCUUAUACAUGCCUGGCUAAAUGCCCUGGCCUGCUUUCAAUAAUAAACUACAUUUUUUGCAAAACAGUUAUCACAGGAUAUGUUUUAACAUGCUCAUUCCUUGAAAGAAACGACAUUGAAAUGCAUUGACCUAGUGUUUAAAACCUGUAUGUGUAUAAAAAAAAUGGAUAUAUUAAACACAAGUGUCGACAAA